GUGUUAUCCACCUGUAAUCAGAAGUUACUCAAGUGAACCAGUAUGAUGUGGUUUCACAACGAAUUAUAAUACCGAUAAAAUGAUAUGCAUGAAGUUUCACGAAUAUUCAAUGUACAAGUAACUUAACCUGAGAAAAAUAUGCUAAUUUAAAAGUAUUCACUUAUACUUUAUUAUGCAUAAUUUAUUCAUUAUUAAAAUUAUGAAUUAUUUAUUCUGAAUAUUCGGAACAUAAUUAAUCUUCUUCUUUUAAUUUGUUUAUAACUGAUCAAUUCUUUAAUCAAUUUUGUCAAAUAUUUGCUGCAUUUUAGUAAAAUGUAUAGGUUAGCUUAAGCCUGAAUUUACUAUUUAUUUUCAGUUUUACGCCCUCCUUUCACAAAUGAACUUUCUCCAAAGAAAUGCCCUCCUUCUCCUAUGAAACGUCCCCAUUUCAUAUAACGGGUCACCCUGGCACCAAGAAAGUUCCAACUCAAGUAGAGGUGAGGCUACAAUAUAGUUGUAAAUAAACCUCUUUUCUUUGUAUGUGUUUAGUGUGUUUUUUCGUCAGGAAAAAACAUGUCAAUCCACGUAAGUCCAUAAAGUUUUGAUUAAUAUUUUAUUGUUUUGUACACCAUUAAUUAUUUCUUUCCACUAUUGUACAUCAUUCAUUGGCUAUUAUUUACCGUUUUAACAAAAAAAAAAAAAAAAAAAAGUCAAAAAGCUUUUGUUCUACAUAAUACAAUGAUUCAUUAAUAUUUUUUGAAGUGAUCUCUUUACUUUGACCACUUUAUAGAUUUGUAUAUCUUUCUUAGUUGUACAUCUCUGUUUGUUGUUAAUUUAGUAUCAAAGAAUGUCAAAAUAUAUUUAUUCAAUUAAAUUCAGUCAGAUGUCUUAUUUGAAGUUAAUCCCACAGAUGUUUGUAGCUUUUAUACUAUCACUGAUAUUUUAUUUAAAUUUAAUAAAUUUGUUGUAUAUUACUUCAUUCUUAUUGUUAUUCUUCGAACUUUUCAAUGUUAAGAAUGUCAUAAAACUGAGUUGAUAGUUAAUUUUUAUUAUUAUACUUCCAGCCAUGAGUAACCCAAGUAUUUCUAUUAAAGAAGAAAUAACAGAUAAAAUUGAGUCCACUUGUAUGAGUAACUCUGAUAUUUCUAUCAAAGAAGAAGUAGAAGAUGAAAUUGAGACUACAAAUUUAAUUAACCCAGGUGUUCCAAUUAAAGCAGAAAUGGCAGAUAGUACUGAACAUAGUAGUGAGAGUAACUCUAGUGUUACUAUAAAAGAAGAAAUCCCCGAUAAAAUUGAAUCUACUCUUUCCCAAAAAGAAACUGAUGAAGAAGAAGUUCUUCAGAUUUAUUAUAGUGCAAAUGAUUCAUUCAAUCAGAUCAACAAUAAUGGAGUAGAAGUACCCAUGGAUUUAAAGAAAUUAGUUGUAUCUACCAUGCGUGUAAAUACAGGUGGGAGGCCUCAGCCAUGUCCUCAUUGUGAUUAUAAAUCAGUUAAUUCUAAUAAUUUGAAAAGACAUAUAUUGGCCCGUCACCUGGGAGAGAAGCCUCAUCAGUGCCCUCAUUGUGAAUAUAAAUCAGUAAGAGCUCAAGAUUUAAAAAGACAUAUAAUGUGUCAUCACACAGGCGAAAAGCCUUAUAAAUGUCCUCAUUGUGAAUAUAAAACUGCCCAAUUUACUAAUUUAAAAACACAUGAAAUGUUACAUCACACAGGUGAGAAACCUUAUCAUUGUCCUCAUUGUGAUUAUAAAUCUGUUAGUUCUCCGAAUUUAAAAAGACAUAUAAUAUCCCGCCACACCGGGGAGAAAUCUCAUCAAUGUACUCUGUGUGAUUUUAAAUCGAUAAAGCCUCAUGACUUAAAAAAACAUAUACUCAGCAAUCACCCUGGAGAAAAACCUUAUGAAUGUUCCGAGUGUGAUUAUAAAUCAGUGAGAUCUCAAGACCUAAGAAGGCACGUAAUGUGCCAUCACACAGGCGAGAAACCUUACCAAUGUCCUCAUUGUGACUAUAAAACUGCUCAAUUCACUAAUUUAAAAACACAUGAAAUGUUUCAUCACACAGGCGAAAGACCUUAUCCUUGUUCUUAUUGUGAUUAUAGAUCAGUUAGUACUGCAAAUUUAAAAAGACAUAUAAUGAGCCGACACACUGGGGAAAAACCUUUUCAAUGUUCUCUAUGCGAUUAUAAAUCAGUGAGGUCUCAAGAAUUGAAAAAGCAUAUAAUGUACCGUCAUACAGGCGAGAAACCUCAUCACUGUCCUCAAUGUGAUUAUAAAUCAGUUAGGGCUCACGAUAUAAAAAGACAUAUCAGGUACCAUCACUCAAACGAGAAGCCGUACGAGUGUCCUGAAUGUGAUUAUAAAGGUGUUCAAUUUUCUAAUUUAAAAACGCACAUAAUGUCCCAUCACUCUGAAGCAAAGCCAUAUCAUUGUUCUGAAUGUGAUUAUAAAUCAGUUAAUUCUACAGAUCUAAAAAGGCACAUAAUGUUCCGUCAUAAAGCUGAAAAGCCACACCAAUGUCCUCUCUGUGAUUAUAAAUCAGUGACGAACUCUCAUGUGAAAAGACAUAUAAUGCACUGCCAUGCGCAAGAAAAUCCUUGUUAAUAUUUAAAUUUCGGUUAUUCAUUAUUCAAUGAAUUCUGAACUUAGUAAAAGACAUUGGGCUCUCACUUAGGUAAGGCCAAAGUUAUAUCACAAAGGUAGUUUCAGAAAAAAAAAAACCUUGAGAGACCUGAUAGCCUUUGGCAAAUUAUGGAAUGAGGCAGGUAUUCUUUUCAUAGUUUUUAAUGGGGAAUAUGGUUCAAUUUUUAGAAUGGCGUUCUACUUUGAAAAUAAAUCGUUGACCAUCUUCUCAAAGAUGACGUACAUUACAGCCAGCUUAUUGAGCAGCAUUAGCAGGAUGGUGAUGAAUGAGAAGUUAGACGAACUUUUUUUCAUUUGACGAGUUCUACAAGGCAACAUCCCCUCGUCACUGCUGUCCAACUCAAUCAUCCAAGCUGUUGUAAAAAAGGCAGAAUUGAAUGAGAUUGGUGUCUUUCAUUUUUACUGUAGCUUAUUUUUUUUUAUAGUGACAAGUAGCCUUGUUUAUGAUUUUUAUAUUAAUUAUAGAAAGAUUAUUAAUUUAUAUGUUACAAUAAAAGUUUUUAAUAGAGUGAAUAGU